UACGGAGACGGGCACACCCAAUGGCGGGCCAGUAAGUGACCUUUUCCCCGAGCCAUGCAUUUUUUCCUCAAGCCACUAACCAACCACGACCGCAGUCGAAGAGACCCUGAGCUACCAGAUCCCCCCCUCGGCCAUGAUCUCGGCAGUGGCGUGGAACUACGGCACCAGGUUCUUCGAGAUCCGCAUCUACACCACCGAUGACAACGACGCCCUGUACGAAAUAUCGUACUCGCGUCACCUGGACGGCUGGAAGCCCCACGCCGAGUCUGUGGCGCCCGUUCUGGGCCCGGCGUCCAAGUCUCUGGCCCCCGGCGGCAUCGACAGUCCGCCGCUGUCUGCCGUCGCCGCCAUCCUGCUGGAGGGUGACUGGAAGACCAAGGUAUACUUCCACCCGCGCCGCACCAUUGGCGAGUGGGACGUCUGCGCCAAGGCGCCCGCGUUUAGCGGCAUCCCCAAGGCGAGUGCGGCCGCGGCGGAGAGGCGCGAGCUUGAGGAGAAGACCAGAGCCUUGAUCAAGGCGGACGAGGAGCGCAGGGCCAAGGAAGAAGAGGAGCGCAAGGAGAAAGAGCGUAAGGAAAGGGAGGAGGCCGAGAGAAGGGCCGAACAGGAGGCGGCGGCGGCCCGGCGAGGAGAGCCUCAGCCCAAGCCCGCUCCCGCACUGGUGAGUCUCGGAAAACACCUGGCGUCUAUCAUAUGGCCCUCACGAUACUAAACAUAUCCCUCCUUGCAGAUGCUCACCAGGCCCACCAUCGUCAUGGGCGACCCGGCGUCGGCGCCGGACAACGUCGACGACGUGUACAAGCGCGUUAGCCUGCCGUUCGAUGUGUCGCUCUUCGAGAGCAUGACGACCCGGACGAUCUGGAUCAGCGACAACGGCAUCAUCAGCAUCGAAGGGGUCAGCCCGGAGAGCAAGUACUACACCCACGACCUGGCGCAAAAGUACAAGGACGCGCGGCGCCUGCCGUUCAACGCCGCCGCCGACUUCUCUAAGCACGCGCUGUUCC